AUGAUUACAAAACAAAUAAUAACAAAAUGUGUAUCAACUAGAGCAUUAUUUAAUAAUGUUUUAAUGACAACUUCAAGAUACAACUAUUCUACAGAAUCCUCUUCUUCACCAAACAAUAAUAAUGAAAGUUUAAUAACAUCAUCACAAAGUAAAGAAGAGAUUAAAAAGAGAAAUAGAGAGAUUAUUGAAAGAAUCAUUAGAGUUGAUCAUGCAGGAGAAUUUGGAGCAUCAAGAAUCUAUGAUGGUCAAUUGGCAGUAUUAGAAGACACCAAGGUUGGACCAUUGAUCAAAGAAAUGGCCGAUCAAGAAAAAGAACAUCAAAGAAAGUUUGACCAACUCUUGUAUCAACAUCGUGUGAGACCAACUGCACUCUCACCCAUUUGGGAUGUUGCUGGAUUUGGUUUGGGUUACGUAUCUGCCUUGAUGGGCAAAGAAGCUGCCAUGGCUGUCACUGUUGCUGUUGAAACUGUCAUUUCUGAUCAUUACAAUGAUCAAUUAAGACAAUUACAUGAUAAUAAUAUUGAUGAUCAAGAAUUAAAAGAGGUUGUAAAGAAAUUUAGAGAUGAUGAAAUGGAACAUAUGCAUAUUGGUAUUGAACAUGAUGCAGAAUUGGCACCAUUAUAUAAACCAUUAUCAGAGAUGGUUAAAGUUGGUACAAAAGCUGCUAUUUGGUUAUCAACAAGAGUCAAAUGGAUCAUCGUCUGA